AUGGUGGCUCAGGCCAAACCUGAUUCCAGCUAUGCGUCCAAUCGCAUGACGAAGAGCAAUCCUCCGCCCAAGCAUCUUUUGUCUACUUUCAAUAAAACUGAGCCUGAAGAUGCGAGGAUCGAUUUCGCGACAAAAAAUAAAGAGGCUGGCCAACCUAGUGACGAGGGAAAACUGGAGAUUGAUACAGACGCUGAGCCUUUGAGCUCCGAUGAAGAGGAAGCAGAAGGCUCCAAAGUGGAUGUUGCUCAACCUAGCAUCGAGAACAAGCUAGAGAUUGAUACAGACAUCGAUCCUCUCAGCUCCCCACUGAGUUCCCCACCUCUGAGCUCCCCGCCUCCAAGCUCCCCGCCUCUCGGCUACAAUGAAGAGGAAUCGGAAGACCCGGCUUCAAAUGCUGCUCAGCCUAGCAACAAGAAAGAGUGGGAUAUCGACACCGAUGCUGAUCCUCUAAGUUCCGAUGAAGAGCAUGCUAGCGAUAGCGAUGCUUCCCCAUGUCGCAAAGACGUGAACUAUACGACUACGACCUUGGAGGAGAAGCUUGCGGAAGGAAACGAUAAGACAUACAGUAGUCCACAAACCCAUAGUCGAAACCCUCGCAAAAGCGAAUUUUCACGAAACCUCAGUGCUAUGAUGGGCUCUGAUAGUGACGAUCUAUUUUCCUUCUCCUCGCAGAGUCACAAGCGGCGAAAGGCAACAAAAUAUGCGUCUGUGUCCAAGACGAGCUAUUUUAACAGGCCAUCUUUCCCCCCACGACCGACUGAGAAAUCGAAAGAGCCGUCGCCAGUGGAGGAAGCCCCCACAGAACCCGAGGAGACUUUUAUUAUGCCAAAGGAUGUUGAAAAUUCGAGUUUUAGAGAACCUUGUGGCGGGGAAAACUCAAACUCCAGUUUCUCGCACGGCCCAUACACAAUGGAAGAAUACGAAGCAAUGUUGCUUGACGAUGAUUCACCUCUCUCAUCUCCGACUUCUUCCACUUGUGAGGAAAUGUCGCAGCUUGAUGAAUUCACAAUGAAAGAGAAGCGCCAACCAUCCCCACCCAGCCAAGCCCUGUGCCCGAUAUGCCGUAAGGAAGUAGACUGGGCUUCGCUAGAACUGUUCAAAUCAAAGCCGAAGCAACGUAUUCGCGAACAGAUGAUGUUUUGUGAAUCACACAAACUCCGCAGUGCGAUGGAUUUGUGGCGUGACCGAGGGUACCCCAACAUUGAUUGGAAUGGGUUUGAAGAGCGUGUUCAGAGCUAUUUCCCCGAACUUGAAAAACUACUUGUCCCUGGUGCUUUCUCUUAUUACCGAAACAUCCUUAAUACCUCUUUCACACCAGGGAAAGCGAGAAACUCCCGUGUUAGAGUGGAUGAUGACAAGACACUUGAGACGAUGACCUGUGGUUAUUAUGGUACCAGGGGUGCAACCAGAAUACUAGAAACAAUCAUCCGUCGGUUUUCUGUGGUUGUACGUCGCCUGGCGACUACAGAUGAACUAAUCAAGACGGCGGGCGUGGCUGGCUACACACAAUCUGUCCUUGUGCCUGAGCUGGCUGUGCUUAUGGUUAAGGAUGACAUGAAAGUUAGCGACGAAGAUGCCCGUCGGAUUAUCAGGGAGAGUAUGGACAUUGGUCGAAGAGUCCAUCCAGACCUCAAUGUUGUCCCAAUACCGGAAGAUGUCGAAGAAUCAUGA